CCCUGGGGAACUUUGCGGGAGGUCAGGAGGGUUCCUGGCGGUCAGUGCCGCCCACGCGGAGACAUUCAGAGCCAUAUAAACGGGUCUCCAGGGCCAGAGGGACGGCACAUCCUGGGCCUGUGGCGUGGUGUGGGCCUGGGAGGAUGGGCAGCCUGCUGCUGGCUGUGCUGCUGGCUUCGGCCUCUGUGCCCAGGGCCCAGGCUGUGUGGUUGGGGAGACUGGACCCUAAGCAGCUUCUUGGGCCCUGGUACGUGCUUGCUGUGGCCUCCCGGGAAAAGAGUUUUGCAGUGGAGAAGGACAUGAAGAAUGUCGCGGGGGUGGUAGUGACCCUCACUCCAGAAAACAACUUGCGAAUGCUGUCCUCUGAGCAGGGGCUGGAGGGGUGCAGCCAGAGUGUCACGGAGCUGUUGAAGCGGAACUCCGGAUGGGUGUUUGAGAACCCCUCAAUAGGCGUGCUGGAGUUCCGGGUGCUGGGCACCAACUUCAGAGACUACGCCAUCGUCUUCACGCAGCUGGAGUUUGGGGACGAGCCCUUCAACACGGUGCAGCUGUACAGUCGGACGGAGACGGCUAGCCAGGAGGCCAUGGGGCUCUUCACCAAGUGGAGCAGGGGCCUGGGCUUCCCGUCACAGCAGCAGGCCCAGCUGCAGAAGGACCUCACCUGCGCUCGCAGGAUCCUCCCGGUAAGCCGCCGUCCCAAGCCUCACCCUCGGCUCCCUUGGGGUGGGGGGCAGGAGGACCCUCUGCCUAAGCCCACGGGUUUGUGGCUCCGCUGCCUCUAAGGCAGCUGAGGGUGGGGAGGGUGCCUCCCUGGUGGGCUACGACCCUCACACUCACCUUGGUUUUCAGUGAGCGCUGCGUUCCCAGCAGGAACAGUGCCCGCAGGGUCCUGUGACCUUGGCCAGGGUCCACCCACCUCCCUCAGCAGCCCCCAGGGCUCAGCUCCAGCUCAGAAUAAAGCAAUU